CAACCCCAAUCCUUGCCUUUUUUUCCCUGCAAAUCCCAUAUCCCAUCUAUAUCCUUUUCAUUCUCAACUGGAAAGAUCUCUCCAUAUCAGCCAUUUUUAACACUCCGAGAAUUGUCGGAUUGGUACAGAGGUGUUGAUCUUCAUCUAUUGGAUCUUUACAGCAAAAGGACAUGAGAUCAUCUAUUGGAUCUUUACAGCAAAAGGAUAUGAGAUACGGACUUCCAGAUCAACCAAAUAACAAAGGUUAUUCAACACUGAAGGAUUGUUAACUGAUCCUUCUUCAAACUAGCUAGAAAUAGAGAAAAAGACCUUUAAAGUUCAAUUAUCCAUAACUGUAGAUUAUGGUUCUUUGAUUGUUGAUUAUGAAUGAGACAGAGAUAAGGGGAGAGUUACAUGGAUCAUAGAUUCAUGGAUGCUUUUGCUGGAGAAUGAGUUUUUAUUUUUUAUUUUCGCGGAAGAAGAGAGGUUGCUGAAGAAAGGGAGCUGAUACUGCUCCGUCAAUUCCCUUUGUCAAACUUGACGCCGUUUCUCUUCGAAACUAAUCAGGAUCCUUUGCUGAAAUAAACAUAUCUUCAACCAAGAUAAGUCAAAUCGUGUACAAUUAAAUAGCAUUGUCUGCAAUCUUUCAACCUGGAUUUUAAAACAAUGACAUACGAAACUUCAUCUCACGUAUGUUGAUUUAUUGUGUUCAAUGACAAAAUCCACUCAGAAUUAUUAUUAUUUAGCACAUGAGCAAAGCAAUGACAUCACUCAUAUAUUGUUUCCCAAGAACGAAAAUCAUGUAUUUAAGUACCUAGUGCAGGAACAUGUUACUUAGCUCAGAAGAAUAUCCCAUCUCCCAAAAAUGGAGAAGCCUGCAGAGCUCGUGUUCAUCCCAUCCCCUGGUAUAGGCCACCUGGUUUCAACACUUGAGAUCGCAAAGUUCCUUCUGUCUCGAGACGACCAACUCUUGAUCACUGUCCUCAUCAUGAAGUUUCCCGCUGUUUCCAAAGGCACUGAUGCUUAUGUCGAGUCAUUUGCAGACUCUUCUUCUCCCAUAUCACAGCGUAUCAAGUUCAUCAACCUCCCACAAGUCAAUAUUGACCAUACGGAAGGCAGUGUCCGCAAUAGCUUGAUCGGUUUGGUUGAAAGUCAGCAACCCCAUGUUAAAGAUGCCAUCACAAAACUCAGCGAGUCCAAGACUCGACUUGCGGGGUUUGUCGUCGACAUGUUCUGUACGGCUAUGAUCGACGUGGCCGACCAAUUUGGCGUUCCUAGCUACGUGUUCUUCACCUCCGGCGCCGCCGCGCUCGGGCUAAUGUUCCACCUCCAAGCGCUGCGCGAUCAAGACGGCAAGGACUGCACCGAGUUCAAAGACUCCGACGCUGAGUUGCUCAUCCCGAGUUUUGUCAAUCCCUUGCCAGUUGCUAAAGUCCUACCUGGCAGGCUAUCCGUAAAGGAGGGAGCAGAAUCAUUUCUCAACAUUAUCAAAAGGUUUAGAGACACCAAGGGUAUUUUGGUGAACACGUUUGCAGACCUAGAAUCGCAUGCCCUUCAUGCUCUUUCAUUUGAUGUCGAGAUCCCUCCCGUAUAUCCGGUAGGACCCUUACUUAACUUGAACACCAAUGAAAGUCGUGUGGAUUCGAACGAGGCCAAGCAGAAGUCUGAUAUCUUGAAAUGGCUUGAUGAUCAGCCUCCAUUGUCUGUAGUGUUCUUAUGCUUUGGAAGCAUGGGAAGCUUUGGCGAGGACCAGGUGAAAGAGAUCGCCCAUGCCCUGGAGCACGCGGGCCAUCAGUUCUUGUGGUCCUUACGUCGGCCCCCACCCACAGGAAAAAUUGCUUUUCCAAGUGACUACGAUGACCACACCGGAGUCUUGCCCAAAGGGUUCCUCGAUCGAACAGUUGGGAUUGGAAAGGUCAUAGGCUGGGCCCCGCAAGUUGCCAUCUUGGCUCACCCAUCUGUGGGAGGAUUUGUAUCCCAUUGUGGGUGGAAUUCCACGCUUGAGAGUCUUUGGCACGGUGUGCCUGUUGCUACGUGGCCAUUGUACGCGGAGCAACAGCUGAACGCGUUUCAGCUGGUGAAGGAAUUGGAAUUGGCGGUGGAAAUUGAUAUGAGCUACCGGAGCGAGAGUCCAGUUCUUGUGAGCGCGAAGGAGAUAGAGAGAGGAAUAAGAGAGGUGAUGAAACGUGACAGUGAUAUAAGAAAGAGAGUGAAAGAAAUGAGUGAGAAGGGCAAGAAAGCUUUGAUGGAUGGUGGGUCGUCAUACUCUUCCGUGGGACAUUUUAUUGAUCAGAUUUAAAAUUCAUGAUCAUACGUGGAUCGGGUCCUCGCAUCAUAUUUUCUUCCGUUUAUUUGUUGGAGGCGCAGAUAUGGGUGUAGAAAGUGUUCACACUUACUAGGUAGAUUUGUUGAACAAGUUUGCUUACUAUGACUGUUGAUGCAUUCAGAGUUGAAUAAAUAAAAUAAUACAACAUAGUUUAUUCAGUGGAAAAUUUUUGCACCGACUUGGUUUAAACAAAACUUUCAUAUCAUUAAUAUUACUGUAUUAUAAAUUUCCUAUUUUAGGUUGGUACAUGUCUACUGUCUUCAUCGAGUUUCUAAGGAUACAUCUUUGAUAAUCAUGUCAUUUGUUUUAUUUAGGUCUUCUUGCACAACGUACUCUGCA